AAGGGAGAGGCGGCUGACAGGAGUGAGGGUGUUCGUCUUGACAUUGCUGAUGCAUAUUUCUUGCUGAUCUAUAUUCUUGUGUUGGAGUCUGAUGAUAUAUUGCACGUGUGCAUCAAGAGGAAGGCGAAAAGUGUCGGGGGAGGGGCGGAGGAAUUUCAUGAUCAAAGAUGGCAGAGACACAAGUUAAUUCGGUGUUUUUACAGCAACUGAUGGAGUUGGGUAUCUCAGAAGAAAAGGCCAAGGAGGCUCUGAUUAAAACUGGGAAUCAAUCUAGCGAUUCUGCUGCUCUGUUUUACUUCAAUGGGCUUGAAAUGUUUCCUGGGCUUGAGGUUCAUGAGUCUUUGAACAAGGAGUACAAGAUGGUGCUUGUUGUGAACAUGGAAUUAACCAUGGGAAUCGGAAAGGUUGCGGCACAGGUGGCCCAUGGAGCUUUGGGCUUGUAUCAAAUAAUGAUGGAAGAAUCAGACAAUUGGCAGCAGAUGUUAAGGAUAUGGGAUGACGAUGGAGCCAAAAAGAUUGUAUUGAAGGGAUUGAGCACUGAGCACCUCCUAGAGUUACAAGAAUUGGCUUGUCAAUUGAAACUUCCAAAUUACUUGGUGCAAGAUGCAGGAAGAACCCAGAUUGCAGCUGGAUCCCGCACAGUCCUGGCAGUCAUGGGGGAGGAGAAGUUGGUUAAUCAGGUCACAGGGAGUCUUCCACUGUUGUGAUAUUAACAACUAAUAUCGGCUUCGGCAGAGGUGUCACUGAAGGAAUAAUGAAAGAGACGUUAACUUGUACUUGCUGAGUAGCUGCGUGAUGAUACGUUUAUUGACAUAAAAUUUGAUUCUUAAGUAUUUUUUAUCAUUGUUGUGCCUUUAAACUUGAAGGUUAAGAUUCUUCCUUCCAAGAAAAUAUCAACUUUUGGUUUAGUUGCUUUCUGUUUCAGUAUUCUGUAAUUUUUCAAAGUCAUUUGGACUGAAUAAUAUUUGGGACAAAGGACAUUUGUGAAGGUAAAGGAACUGACAUUUGUCAAGCAGCUGGAGCUGUCUUUCAUAGAUAUAGGCAAUAAUAGUAGAUUAAUGGCUAAGCUUCUGAAUACAUGGUGAUCUACUUAAGGUGGUCCUGAAUUUUUUUUGUGCUGAAUUAGGAUGUUGAAGCUUAAUAGUUAAGGAUGUGCAAAAUUAUAAAUAGGGUAAAAUAACAACUCACAUGAAUUAAAGGAAAUGGCUCUUAGUGUUCCCUGCAAAAUAUGGGCAUUGUAUAAACAACUAUUUAUUGAAUGACCAUGUAUUCUGAUCCAGUUAAAUGACAAAUUAACUGGUACUUCUCAUUCCGGUCAAAGCUAGUGUUUUGGAUUUAGUCUAUGAAGUUUUAUUUAUGAGUUGUUACUGAAGUGUUUCUGAGGUGUUCUCUCUUCUGGUGAAAAGAUGUAUUCAGCUGAAAUGUUAUUUGUUGCUACGCUGUACAUCUUUAUAAAUUCCAUUUGUGACAGUUCACAUUUUAAACAUGCAUCCCACAUUGUUGUAAACAGCAACACUACAUUGCAUUUGGCUUACAUUGCAACUUUAGGAAGAAGUGAAGGUCACACUUAUCCUUGGCUAAAUUUAUAAAAUAUUAGUUCUGAGAAUACAACUCAGAAUUCCAGAAACCAGUCAUAACGAACUAAUGUGAAAUCAUCUUGUGUGGUUGAGUAUGACAGAGGUCAGUGUAUUGUAAAACUAUGGUAUUAAAACUGUCAUGUAAGUACAUUCAUAAUGAUUUAUGGUUGUAUAUGUGACCCUUGGUGGAAUGUAUAACAGAGGCCCUUUCAUCCAGUCUAUUUUUUUGUGAAAAUAAAUUAAACCUUAACUUUGCACCUUUUCAACCAUCUCUAAAUGAGCAGUCCCUUACUUAUUAAUAGUGUAGGCAAAUGUAAAAAUGAAUUUGCAAAGUUUUAUAACUGCCAGUGAUAGAUUUUUUUGUUAAUAGAUGAUGGCCAACCCUUCAUAAGCUUAUGUCCAUUCAAGAGGAGCAAAUAUUAUCUUACUGUAGUGACCAGUUAGUCCUGAACCAUGUAGUGAAUUUGUAACAGGCUUGAAAAACCAUUCACUAAACCAAAAUGUUAAUUAAAUUAUAACAGAUUUUGCGGUUUCCAAUUCACAAGCAAUUUUGCAAAUGCUGCAUCUCUAGAGCUACAUACACAAAAUACUGGAGGAACUCAGCAAGUCAUGCUGCAAUUAUGGAGGGGAAUAAAUAGUCUUGGCCCAAAACUAUGGACUGUUUAUAUCCUCAAUAGAUGCUUCCUGACGAGCUGAGUUCCUCCAGCAUUUUGUGUGUAUUAUUGCUGAAAUUGUCUUGGUUAACAUGCUCAGUGUAACUGGCAACCGCUCAGUUUAUAGUGGUAUACCUUGCUUAAUAAGUACAAUUGUAACUGCUACGGGACAGUGCUGUCUCCUAGUUAUGCAGAUAUAGACUGGAUUUGCGACUAAAUGCCACUGUGCAGGUAGUGUCAGGGCUUCUCAACCCAUUUCAAUUGAAUGGCUCCUUGUGCUGGUCCACUGUUCCUCAUAAGCAACACUGUCAUACGAUGAACAAAGAAUUGACAGAACUAUCACAGAAGCACUUAAGAUAACAUCAGCCUUUUUUUGGGGGGGGGGAGAAGCAUGUAUUAUAUAUGCUGUGGACAUUAAUCUACUAUGCAGAUAGAAGAACUGUGAUGCUUACAAUGUAUGGGAAAAUACUUAAGAACUAUGGUCCCUGGUUUUUAAUUUCACUUGGUGACAAUGGACAUCUCUUUAUGGGUUCAUGACCAUGAUUGUUCUGGCAAUCUGUUCCACUAAUGGCCAUAAGUCUCAAAUCAUUAAACAUAUCAUCAACUUGCUGAUUAACCAGUGAUAGGAGGCAGAAAACUUUACUUAAUCAUUAGGCAUUUCUAGAAGCCGUUGGCUGAACAGUCAAGUGUGAGAAUCAACUUAAUUAAGGGUGUUAUCUUAUGACCUUGUGUAUCAUUUUAUUAACAAUGGGAGUGUAAUGCUGCAGAAACCUAAGCAUAUCUUUGGAUAAGAUAAAUAGGUAAUCCUACUUCUUUGAAUAAAGUGGCAAGUUAAAUUGUUUCGAUCAGUAAAAGUAAUGAAUUUAAGCUGUUGUGAGAACAGUCGAAUGAUCGUCAUUAACAAUAAUAAAUUCAAUGACCAGAAUCUACUUUUAUACAUCACAUAGCUAUGGAAGACAAUCCUGCUGCAGCCUGUAAGGAGUUUGUGCUUUCUCCCCAUUACCAUCUGGGUUUUCUGACUACUCCAGUCUCCUCCAGUAGAAAGACGUACUGGUUGGUAGGUUAAUUGGUAGUUAUAAAUUGUCCCAUGAUUAGGCUAGGAUUAAAUUGGGGGAUUGCAGGGUAUGGCUCGAAGGGCAGAAAGGACCUAUUCCACAUUAUAUCUCAAUGAAAAUACACAGUUUGUGGCAGAAAAUUAAGUUUACAAGAGGCAUUAAUUCUGUUGUCCAAUCAGUAAACACUACAAAAAAAAAACAAAGCAUUCCUCAUACUCACACUGUUUCUGCUUUUGUUUGGGGACAUGUACUGUCAAGAAUUGAAAACGGACUAGCUGGUGUAAACUGGUUUUGUAUCUAUUAAGUCCCAACAUGUUCACUCAAUUUCUCUAGGAGGUUCAUUAUAAACGGUAACAAAUAACUUUACCAGUAUUGUUUGUAAUGUAAGGAUCUGUUUGUAAUGUCUGUUCAUGUUUGGGUGGUUCCGUGCAACUUGCCCACAACUGAGGCCUAGCGGCUGUGACACAAUUAUGUUCAAUUGCCCAGCUAUUGUUCUUGACUUGUAGCACAGCAUCUGCAUUCAAGGUAUGUAAUGCAUAUUUGAACCAUGUUUUUAAAAUCAUACAGGGAGCAAUUUUAUUUUCCAUAUAUGAGUUUGGAGUGAAUGAAUAGUUUUUAGAAUCCUAAAAGUAUCAUAAGAAUUUAUAAUUUCUAAAAUGAAUAGAAUUUAUUGAUGUUACCCUAGCAGAAGAGUAAAAUUGUUAACUAUUACUAUAGCGUUUCAUAUACAUUUUAAUUUAGAUCCAGCCCUUAGAGCACCUGCUGUAAAAUUACUCAAUUAUUUCAUUAAAAAUAUGUCCAGUAAAUUGCAAAACACAUUGCAUCAUCAAGGAGUGCCGAGUUAAUUUGAUUUUCCAUUCUUAAUCUUACAAGGAAGUUAGCAAGCAAGCUUUAAAAAAAACAAUCCCUUUAAGUUAUAAAGUUAUAUUAGACUGCUCUGGCAAAAAGAGGCACACAGAUGAGUUGGGGAAGUCAGGUCAACAGUUAUGGACAUUUUGGCAUUAGCUGUAGUUUUACAAGGCCUCAAGAUACAAAAAAAAACUGACCUCUUUAUGAUGUGAUCAAUUCUCCUGCAUUUUAGCUCUAUCGUAACACCAAUUCAAUACACAAAAAUUAAGUGUGAAACUUAUACAGCAUAUUUUCCUCUUCACCCUCUUACAUUUAACCUUUGGAAAUUGAAAUGAACUAAUCUGCAGUUGAAUUUUUCCCUCAUGUUUAGAAAAUACAUUAGUGGAGAUACUACAGUAUAUAAUUCAAAUGAGUAAAUAACUAAUAAAUUCUAUCUUGUGAACUAAUUGGACUAAAUAUCUCCCUUCCAAAACACAUUUUGCAGUCUGUCAUUUUAUUACAGAUGGCAGUUGAGUCCAUAGGCCUGUAAUAUGCAUAAACGAUUCCUAUCGUAAGUGUCAUGUGCACUAGGGCUUCUUUUCAGCGGAAGCAAUACAAGGGCAAACACAUAAUCCAAUCUACCAAAAAGCUUAAGGUAUGGUUAGCCACUAGUAAUUGAUCAUCUAUUGUUCAC